AUGCCACAGUGGAUCUGGGGGCCCGGGGCUGAUGUCUCCAUCAUCAGGGGCCCCCAGCGGCCCCCCAAUACAGGGGCCCGGUGGGGGUCCGAGGGCUGCAAGGGAAGAUUAGCCGGGGGCCAGAAGAGGCAGAGGCGGCCCCUCCUGGCCGAGGUGUUCUCUGGCCCUUCAUCCAACACCGAUGGUCCCUUCCUCCCUUGGAUCAAUAACCUGAUCAACCAGAUCAAUGACUGUGCCAACCAUCGCCACAUGAUGUCCGUGGGCCUCUGGGUGCGGGGCAUCGUGGCCUUCCUGGUCGUGGAGAAGUUCGUCCGUCUGGUGAAGGGAGGCCACGCCCACAGCCACGCCCACGACUCCCCCAAGGCCAAGGAGAGUGACGGGGAGGAGGAGAAGGAGAAGAAGGAAGGCAAAGACAAGAAGACGACGGUGAAGAAAGUAGAGACCCCCAACACGGAGAUCAAGGUGUCGGCCUACCUCAACCUGGCAGCCGACUUCACCCACAACUUCACGGACGGCCUCGCCAUCGGGGCGUCGUUCCUGGUGAGCCCGGCCGUGGGCACCGUCACCACGGUAACCAUCCUGCUGCACGAGGUCCCGCACGAGAUCGGGGACUUCGCCAUCCUGGUCCAGUCUGGCUGCACCAAGAAGAAGGCCAUGUGUCUGCAGCUGCUGACCGCCCUGGGCGCCAUGGCGGGCACGGCCUGCUCCCUAUUGGCCGAGGGCGUGGGCGCCGCGGCGACGGCCUGGAUCCUCCCCUUCACGGCGGGCGGCUUCGUGUACAUCGCCACGGUGACCGUGCUGCCGGAGCUGCUCUCCGGGCGCUCGAGCUUCGGCCAAUCGCUGAUGGAGAUCCUGGCCCUACUGCUGGGGGUCGGGAUGAUGGUGCUGAUAGCAGAGUACGAGUAGAGGGGGGGGGAGAGAGAGGGGGGGGAGGGGGGGAGAGAGAGAGGGGGGGAGGGGGGGAGAGAGAAAGAGGGGGGGGGGAGUGAAUGGGUGAUGCUUAGGGAGGGUAUUUUUUUAUAUUCCGCGCUUGUGUGCGUUAAGGUCCUUGCACACACACACAGACAUACACACACUAACACACACACACUAACUAAACCUGGUUUACAUGCCACGGCGCUGCAAGCCAGGCCGCCAUUCCACUGGUGAACCGUCUGAAUACUGUAUCCCCCAUCACCCCCCCAGUGUCCACGGGGCACCAGAGGGGGGGAGGGGGGGACCAACGGGAAGGACCCGGUCUGCUCAUGGAGCUCGCAGGAUGGAGAUGAGGACUGAUAUCAAAUUAAAAAGCGCACAUUUACCGGACUGCACGGUUGAGCUGUGACGGCUGAUUUUCCAAGAGAAUGUAAAAUUACUUUAAUUGAUGAGAUCGUCGCAGGUUAGGGCUUCGUUGGGGAUCACAUAGUGAGAUAUCAUUCUUAAAGAUCUGUUGUUUUUGUGGGCAACGCAUGUUAUUUGUGUUUCUUGUUUAAAUCAUGAGAUCAGGGUAACGGUUGGCUUCCUUCUCACAAUAUCCCAAUGCAGAAAGGUUAUAUCGACGCAACCGAUAAAACCGUCCCUGAAUGUUUGGCGUCAGAAAGGAGAAUGUACUUUGAAGUUGGACCAAAUUCAGGAGUAAUCCCAGGUUAGGGAAUGUCUAGUUUUGUUAUUUUCUCUGAAGGCGAACAAUAAAAAUGCCAUCAAAACAGA